ACCACUUCUCCACACUACUGCACCGCCUCACUUCUGUGCUCUACCUCCCAACACCACCAUACCGCCUCACUUUUGUGCGUCUCCUCCCUCUCAACACCACCGUCUCACUUCUGUUCAUCUUCCUCUCAACACCAGAGGUUAAGUUCUUGAAUAGUGAAUACAGGUGCUGGAGUAAGGUUUCUUCCAAUUUUUGAACGGGCACAGUCACAAUCUUAUUCCCCUCAGUCUUCUUCAACUAAGGCAAAAUUUAGCAAAACGAUGGGAGUGUUCGUAGGGACACAAACUGAGAGAGAAGAGAAGGUGUCUUUGGAGCUCAGCGAAGAAAUUCUUCAGAGUAUGGAAGUAGGAAUGGCCUUCAAAGACUAUAAUGGUAGAAUUAGUUCCUUGGACUUUCACAGGGCAUCCAGUUAUCUGGUGACUGCUAGUGAUGAUGAAUCCAUUCGACUGUAUGAGGUUACCAGUGGAACUUGUUUGAAGACAAUUAAUAGCAAAAAGUAUGGGGUUGAUCUCGUUUGCUUCACAUCUCAUCCUACAACAGUCAUAUACUCUUCAAAAAAUGGUUGGGAUGAAUCUUUGCGGCUUCUAUCGUUGCAUGAUAACAAGUAUUUGCGAUAUUUCAAAGGUCACCAUGACAGGGUGGUGUCGCUAAGCUUGUGCUCUCGGAAGGACUGCUUUAUAUCUGGUUCUCUAGAUCGAACUGUUUUACUAUGGGAUCAAAGGGCUGAAAAAUGCCAGGGACUGUUACGUGUAAAAGGAAGACCUGCUAUAUCAUAUGACGAUCAAGGACUUGUCUUUGCAGUUGCCUUUGGAGGAUUUGUAAGAAUGUUUGAUGCUCGCAAGUAUGAAAAGGGUCCCUUUGAGAUAUUUUCCGUUGGGGGAGAUACUUCUGAUGCAAAUGUUGUGAAAUUUAGUAAUGAUGGGAGUCUCAUUCUUUUAACAACAGCAGAUGGGCAUAUUCACGUGCUUGACUCAUUUCGCGGCACACUUUUAUCCACAUAUAAUGUCACGCCUGUCUCAUGCAACUCCACAUUAGAAGCUUCUUUCAGCCCCGAGGGAAUGUUUGUAAUAUCUGGUUCUGGGGAUGGAAGCAUCUAUGCAUGGAGUGUUCGAAGUGGCAAAGAAGUUGCAAGUUGGAGGAGUGCAACUUCUGAUACCGGACCUCCUGUAAUAAAGUGGGCUCCUGGAAGUCUAAUGUUUGCUACUGGAUCAUCUGAGUUGUCAUUCUGGAUUCCAGAUUUGUCUAAGUUGGGAUCCUAUGUUGGAAGAAAGUAGAAACAAUGCAUGGUAAAAUUAUUGAUUGCCCAUCAACCCACUGAAAGGUAAUAUUUUUUACUGCCACAGUGACAAGUUUUGUCAUGGUUUGUAAAUAUUCUUCUCUGAAGAGCAAUGGGUACUUCAAUGAUCCUUCUAAUCUGUACACGUUAAAAUAUUUAAAUGUAUAUAUAUCUUCUUUCUGUCAACAUGCUUGCAGUAGGUGUUCAUUUGA